CUCUCUCUCUCUCUCUCCAAAACACCACCAUUUCCGUGUUUUGACUUUCCCUUUUUGAAUCUAUCUCUCUUCCAUAUAAAUAUGCCAACGUUUCUCAACUCCCACCAUCUUCAAACCAAUUCACAACUCCCCCAACAAUCUUCUACUCCAAUCAACACUCUAAAAUCCAUUCUCUUCUUCUCCUUUUCUUGAUUCAUUUCCAUCACAAAAGAAAAUCCUUCUGGCUUUUUCCCCCCCUAUUUUGAGCAAUCUCUCACUUGCGUAUUGUUUCCAAUGACUGAAAUCGAAGUCCCUCCGUUUUUCCUCUGCCCCAUCUCUCUAGAGAUGAUGAAAGACCCCGUGACCAUCCCAACCGGGAUCACAUACGACCGAGAAAGCAUCGAGAAAUGGCUAUUCACCGACAAGAACAAGAAUUGUCCAGUAACCAAACAGGUCCUCUCCAAUCCAGACCUAACCCCGAACCACACCCUCCGCCGCUUGAUCCAGUCUUGGUGCACCCUCAACGCAUCCAACGGCAUCGAACGCGUCCCGACUCCAAAGCCGCCCGUCAACAAGUCCCAAAUCACCAAGCUCCUCAACGACGCCGCGAAAUCGCCACAAAUGCAAACGAAAUGCUUGGAGAGGCUCAGAUCCAUCGCUUCCGCUAGCGAAACAAACAAAAGGUGCAUAGAGUCCUCCGGUGGGGUUGACUUCUUAGCUUCUCUUGUCAAGAACAACACUAGUACUACUUCACUAGAAGCAUGUGAUCAUGAUGGAUUCGAGUUCACAGAACCUAGUGAUGAAGCCCUAAGCAUACUCUUCUCUCUCCAACUAUCCGAAUCCGCCCUCAAGUCCCUCGCCGUGAAGAACAGCGAAUUCAUCGAGUCGUUGCUCAAUGUAUUGCGAGUCGGAUGCGACGAGUCUCGUGCUUAUGCCGUGUUAUUAUUGAACUCGAUUCUAGAAGUGGAGGAACCCACGCAACUCGGAGCCUUGAAACCCGAGUUCUUCGUCGAGUUAGUCCAAAUCUUGCACGAUCAAAUCUCUCCCAAGGCCUCCAAAGCGGCACUACAACUGCUAAUCAACGCGGGGCCUUGGGGGAGGAACAGGGUGAAAGCAGUGGAAGCGGGCGCGGUGAAAGUACUGGUCGAUCUUCUUCUUGAUUCUUCUGAGAAGAGGGCUUGCGAGAUGCUACUAACGGCGUUGGAUCAGCUGUGCCAGUGCUCGGAGGGGAGGGCCGAGCUGUUGAGGCACGGGGCCGGGUUGGCGGUGGUGUCGAAAAAAAUACUUAGGGUUUCGAAGGCCGGGAGCGAAAGGGCCGUGAGGAUUUUGCUAUCGAUUGCGAAGUAUUCUGGGAGUUCUAAGGUUGUUCAGGAAAUGCUGCAGCUUGGGGUGGUGACGAAGCUGUGUUUGGUGCUUCAAGUGGACAGUGGGAGUAAGGCCAAAGAGAAAGCUAGGGAGAUACUUAAGUUGCAUGCUGGGGUUUGGAAGAACUCUUCUUGUGUACCAAUCAGUCUGCUUUCUUCCUAUCCAUCUUGAGAGAGAGAGAGAGAGAGAGAGAGAGAGAGAGAGAGAGAGAUCUACUUUUGAGAACAUGUAAAUUUGUUGAGCAAAACUAAUUAGUAGAAAUUAGAAGUUAGUUGGAAAAGUUAUUGAUGAAUUGCUAUUCGGAUGAGUUUUCAUAUGUCUUCAGUUUCCAGUGGUUUGAUUGCC